CUUGGAGUUACCCCCAUGGGCACCUCCGGGGGGUGCCAUCAAGUGGGGUUUGAGGCACCCCAUGGCCACGACCCUCUCCAAGCCCCAUGUCCUCUGCAGCUGGUGGUGAAGGGGGCGACGGAGGCUGAUAACCGGGUGCAUGAACCGGGGACCCCCAUGAGGCUCCGCAUCGAGGGCGACCACAACGCUUACGUGGGCCUGGUGGCCGUGGACAAGGGCGUCUUCGUCCUCAGCAAGAAGAACAAACUCACCCAGUCCAAGGUUUGGGACACGGUGGAGAAGAGCGACAUCGGCUGCACCCCGGGCAGUGGCAGGGACAAUGUGGGGGUGUUCGCUGAUGCUGGGCUCAGCUUGGUCACCAAUGUGAAGAUCACGACGCCACAGAGAGGGGAGGUGAAGUGUCCCCAACCUGCACAACGCAAGCGCCGCUCCGUGCAGCUCAUUGAGUACAAGGGCACCAAGGCGGCCCAGUACAAGGACCAGGCCCUGCGGAAGUGCUGUGAGGACGGGAUGAAGGAGAACCCCAUGGGGCACAGCUGCGAGCAUCGCUCCAGCUACAUCCAGGACGGGGCCCCCUGUGUCCAGGCCUUCCUCGACUGCUGCACCCACAUCAGGACCCUCCGCAGCCAGAAGCAGCGCCUGCUGCACCUCCAGCUGGCCCGAAGCGAGGUGGACGAUGGCUUCCUGGCCGAUGAGGACAUCACCUCCCGCAGCCUCUUCCCCGAGAGCUGGCUGUGGCAGGAGGAGCCGCUGACGGAGAAGCCCAAUGAGCUGGGGAUCUCCACAAAGACUCUCCCCGUGUACCUGAAGGACUCCAUCACCACAUGGGAGGUCCUGGCUGUCAGCAUCUCCAAGAACAAGGGGCUGUGCGUGGCCGACCCCUAUGAGAUCACGGUGAUGAAGGAGUUCUUCAUGGACCUGCGCCUGCCCUACUCGGUGGUGAGGAACGAGCAGGUGGAGAUCCGCGCCAUCCUCUACAACUACUGGACACACAAGAUCACGGUGCGCGUGGAGCUGAUGUACAACCCAGCCCUGUGCAGCGCCUCCACCAGCAAGCAGCGCUACCAGCAGGUCCUCAGCCUGGAGCCCCAGUCCUCAUGGGCUGUGCCCUUCGUCCUCGUGCCCUUGGAGCUGGGGCUCCAUGAGGUCGAGGUGAAGGCGGCCGUGCAGGGACGCUUCGUGGCCGAUGGUGUCAAGAAGAAGCUCAAAGUGGUGCCCGAAGGGAUGAGGGUGGAGAAGACAGUGAAGAUAAUCGAGCUGGACCCGAAGAAGAAGGGAGUCGAUGGGGUGCAGGAGGAAAGGGUGAAGGCUGCCAACCUCUCUGACAUCGUCCCCAACACCGAGUCGGAGACCAAAGUCAGCAUCCAAGGCAACCCCGUGUCCAUCAUGGUGGAGAAAGCCCUGGAUGGGGAGAAGCUGAAGCAUCUCAUCGUGACACCCGCGGGCUGUGGGGAGCAGAACAUGAUCGGGAUGACCCCCACUGUCAUUGCCACCCAUUACCUGGACAGCACAUUGCAAUGGGAGAGCCUCGGUGUCGACCGCCGCGCUGAUGCCAUCAACUUGAUCAAGAAGGGUUACACCCAACAGCUCGCGUUCCGGAAGCCUGACAGCUCCUAUGCGGCCUUCAAGAACCGUCCAUCGAGCACAUGGUUGACCGCCUACGUGGCCAAAGUCUUUGCCAUGGCCAUCAAGCUGGUGGACAUCGAGCCCGAGGUGGUUUGUGGUGCCGUGAAGUGGCUCAUCCUGAACAGGCAGAAGCCAGAUGGGAUCUUCCAAGAGGAUGCUCCUGUCAUCCAUAAGGAGAUGGUGGGAGGUUACCAGGGCGCCGAGCCCGAGGUGUCGCUCACAGCCUUUGUCCUCAUCGCUCUGCAAGAGGCCCGGGACAUCUGCAAGGACCACGUCAACAGCUUGGAUAACGGCAUCUCCAAAGCUGCUGAGUACCUGGCCCGCAGGUACCAGUCGCUGGCCCGGCCCUACACGGUGGCCCUGAGCUCCUACGCCUUGGCCUUGACAGGGAAGCUCAAGAGCGAGAAGGUCCUCAUGAAGUUCUCCAAAGAGAGCAACCGGUGGGAGGAGCGCAACGCCUUCACCUACAACAUCGAGGGCACCUCCUAUGCUCUGCUGGCCCUGCUCAGGAUGGAGAAGCCGGAGCUGACGGGGCCGGUGGCCCGGUGGCUGGCCCGGCAGAACUACUUCGGAGGUGGCUACGGAUCCACCCAGGCCACCAUGCUGGUGUUCCAAGCCUUGGCCCAGUACCAGGUGGCAUCACCUCGGGAGCUCGACCUGGACCUGGACGUGUCGGUGCUGCUGCCCCGGCGCGCCAACGCCAUCACCUACCGCAUCGAGAACCGCAACGCGCUGGUGGCGCGCUCCGCAGAGACCAAGUUUAAUGAGGACUUCACAGUGAAGGCUCAGGGCACGGGCAAGGGGACCAUGACCGUGGUGACCAUCUACAACGCCAUCAUCCCCGAGCAGGACAACAAGUGCGACAGCUUUGACCUGCGGGUGCAAGUGGAGGACGUGAAGAUGGGCAAGGAACGGGAUGGUGUGAUCCGCUCCAUCAAGAUCACUGUCUGCACCAGGUUCCUGGACAACGUGGAUGCCACCAUGUCCAUCAUUGACGUCUCCAUGCUCACAGGCUUCUUUCCUGAUGUCCAGGACCUGAAGAGGCUCACAGAUGGGGUGGACAGGUACAUCUCCAAGUUUGAGAUCGACCAAGCCCAGUCGGACCGCAGCAACGUUGUCAUCUACCUCGACAAGGUCUCCCACAAGGCCGAGGAGUGCUUCUCCUUCAAGGCCCACCAGCAGUUCAAGGUGGGCCUGAUCCAGCCCGCGGCCGUCACCGUCUACAGCUACUACAAGAUCGCAGAUGACCGCUGCACCCGCUUCUACCACCCGGAGAAGGAAGGUGGGAAGCUGAGCAAGAUCUGCUACAAGGACGUGUGCCGCUGCGCUGAAGAGAACUGCUUCAAGCGGAAGGAGGACGAUGUCCCCAUGACCAUCAACCAACGCAUUGAGCGCGCCUGCGAGCCGGGAGUUGACUAUGUGUACAAGGUGAAGCUGGUGGCAAUGGAGGAGACGCCGUCCCAUGACAACUACAUCAUGACCGUCCUCUCCGUCAUCAAGAUGGGCACUGAUGAGGACCCAGGCAGAAGCAACCGGACCUUCGUGAGCCACCGGCAGUGCCGCGAUGCUCUGAAGCUCCAGCUGGGUCAGGACUACCUGCUCUGGGGGCUGGCCACCGACAUGUGGGUCACCGGCAACCGGUUCUCCUACCUCAUCGGCAAGGACACGUGGCUGGAGGCGUGGCCCUCGGAGGCCGCGUGCCAGGAGCCCCACCUCCAACCCCUGUGCCAGGACUUCGUGGAGUUUGCUGAAGCCAUGACCAUGUUUGGGUGCCCCUCGUGAGCACCCAUGGGUGCUCCCCCCCCCCCCCCCCAACCCU